CCUAAUUUAAGAUAUGUUUGACUUGGGGCCCACGGAACUCCACCUCGACGCCACGUAGCGUCUGAGCAACAGAGCCUAAUUUUCAACACUGAACUCAGAAGAGAAGAGAAGAGUCAAGCCUUAAGUCUCCAUUAAUGGGAGAUCUCUGUUAUGUUCAACACUUGCUCUAAAGACAGAUAGAAACCAGCUUCUUGUUCUUUUUUUUUUUUUUUUUUGCCAGCAAACCAGCUUCUUGUUCUUCUGCUUAUUUUCGUUAUUUCUGUUUGCUGUAUUGAAUUUCCUAAAAUAGACAAAAGACUAAGAAACCUCAUUUCCCUAAAUCUCUCAUUUCUUGAUAGGCUCUUCGCAAUUUCAGGAAUCUAUCAUUUCUCCAUUAAUUUUCACCAUAUCUCUCUAUCUCUACUGACCAAAGUCUUCCUUUGAUUUCAAUUCGUUUUCUUCAACAACAAAAAAAAAAAAAAAAAAAAUUGAGACCCAGAAUACGUAUCAACAUUUAUUACUCCACAUUUCGAGAUCAGUCUUGCUGACCUCAAAUUUAUUUUCCAGUUUCGUUAUAUAUCUACAAAAAAAAGCUCCUCUCUUUUAGUUUUCCCUUCUUCUAGAUUCUCCUUACAUAAGAUUUUAGGAUCAGCGUUUAUUCCAACAAGUUCCAGAAAUUGAUUUUAGUACGGUUUUCUUAGGUAGAAGACAGAAUCAUAAAUCUAAGUUUGACAUUGGUCUAAAGAUCAAAAGCUCAAAUCUUUGUUCCCUGUGGUGAUUGUUGGUGGUCUAAAGAUCAAAAGCACAAAAAGCUCAAAUCUUUGUUCUCUGUUUGGUGGUGUGUGUGGGGGGAGAUUUCAUUUUCAGUGGAGAAGAAGAAGAAGACAAGAUUAGGAGGCUAAUCAAAACAUACAGUUUCCUGAUUCCGGUCAGGAAACUGUGGAGUAUUGACGGAAUCACGAAACCGUGGAGAAUUAUGGGCUGCAAUUGCACCAAAGGAACACGACUUAAUAAUGAUAACGUCGACAACAACGAUACCAUUAUCAACAAUGUCAAUGUCAAGGAGAGUAGAAGCAAGCCUAAGAAAACCCCCAAGAAGAAGAAAAAAUCAAAAUCUGCUUCUUCCAGCAAAGACAACAAUGUAGGAUCCGAAGAAACAAGCAACGACAAUAAAGAAGCCUCCUUGACGUUGUUGAUACCCAUUGAUGCCAAGAACAAUGAGGAGCCCGAGAAGAAGGUGACUCUCGAGAGAAAGUCUUCUAGAUUGGUGUUUCAGAGACGGCCAACCGGUAUUGAGCUUGGUCCCAACAACAUAGGGACAUUGCAACAACCUAAGAUGACUAGAAUAAGCAGUGUUAGUAAUGGAGAAAGAGGAGCUCAGGUUAUGGCUGGUUGGCCUUCAUGGCUGGCUUCUGUUGCUGGAGAAGCUAUCAAUGGAUGGAUUCCACGAAAGGCUGAUUCUUUCGAGAAGUUGGAAAAGAUUGGACAAGGGACGUAUAGCAGUGUGUACAAAGCCCGGGACCUAGAGACGAACCAAUUAGUUGCACUGAAGAAAGUGCGGUUUGCUAAUAUGGAUCCCGAUAGUGUUCGGUUCAUGGCUAGAGAAAUAAUUAUCCUUCGAAGGCUUGACCAUCCUAAUGUUAUGAAGCUUGAGGGUUUGAUCACUUCAAGAGUAUCAGGAAGUAUGUAUCUUAUAUUUGAAUAUAUGGAGCAUGAUCUUGCUGGCCUAGCUUCAACCCCUGGGGUUAACUUUUCUGAGGCACAGAUUAAGUGCUAUAUGAAACAGCUGCUUCAUGGUCUAGAGCAUUGCCAUAGUCGAGGUGUCUUGCAUCGUGACAUCAAGGGCUCUAAUCUACUGCUUGACCAUAACAACAAUCUUAAAAUUGGAGAUUUCGGUCUUUCCAAUUUUUACCAAGGCCCCCAGAAGCAGCCUCUCACUAGCCGCGUUGUAACUUUGUGGUAUCGUCCACCUGAACUAUUACUUGGUUCAACAGACUAUGGAGUUACUGUGGAUCUGUGGAGCACAGGAUGCAUACUAGCUGAACUCUUUACUGGGAAGCCUAUCAUGCCCGGUAGAACCGAGGUAGAACAACUACACAAGAUCUUCAAACUAUGUGGAUCACCUUCUGAAGAGUAUUGGAAAAUAUCAAAAUUGCCACAUGCCACCAUCUUUAAACCUCAACAACCUUACAAGCGCUGUGUAGCCGAAACAUUUAAGAGUCUUCCAUCUUCAGCUUUGGCCCUAGUUGAGGUUCUUUUAGCUGUAGAACCAGAUGCUCGUGGAACCACAGCUUCUGCCCUUCAAAGCGAGUUUUUUACUACAAUGCCUUUCGCAAGUGACCCAUCAAGUUUACCAAAGUACCAACCGAGAAAGGAGAUUGAUGUGAAGAUUCGAGAGGAGGAGGCAAAACGAAAGAAAGACACUAGCAGUAAACAGAAUGAUUCAAAACAAGUAUCUAGAGAAUCUAAAGCUGUGCCAGCUCCAGACUCCAAUGCUGAGUCUCUGACAUCAAUACAAAAACGUCAAGGGCAGAAUAACCAGAUAAGCAAUAGUGAAAAGUUCAAUCCUGGUGAAGAUGCAGCUAGCGUCCGGAUAGAACCACUGGAGAGUGGAACUGCACAAGACAGUCACACUCGUUAUGGUGUGUCCUCAGUGAAUAGAAAUGGAGAGAAUGUUAUGAGGGGCUCGAGUCGGUCUCCUAGAAAAGAACUGAGUACACAACGGUCUUUUGUCCAACGCGGAACAGCACAAUUGUCAAGAUUCUCAAACUCGGUAGCUGCUAGAGAUGGAUCACAUUUCGCUAUAGCGAAUCCACGGUGGUUUGAAGAUAGUUAUAACAAUAAUAACAGAAGGCAAAACGGAGGUGAUUGGUCCCAACGUUUGGUGGUUAAACCCAAAGAUUCUACAAAACACAAAGAAUCUAUAACGGUUUACGGUGAAAAGAAAGAGAGAAUGCACUGCUCAGGGCCUUUGGUUUCUGCAGGAGGAAACUUGGAUGAAAUGUUGAAAGAACAUGAAAGGCAGAUUCAGUUAGCAGUUCGCAAAGCUCGGGUGGAUAAGAAGACAAAUAGAGGCGAUAACAGACAGACUCAAGCGUCUCUUGCUGCAAAUGGCAGAUGAGAUACAUCAGAAAAGGAUAAGAAAGGAAGAAACUUUUGGGAUAUCAGGUAAAGGAGAAAGAAAGUGUUUGAGGUUUUGCAAUGUAGAGUCAACUGAUCUCUGGUGGGGUCUUGUAUGAUAUUGUGUAAUUUGUUUAUUAUUCAUUCUUGUAUGAUAUAAAAUUAUUAGUCCUAGUAGAAUCAAUCACUAUUGUUAUUUUGGUAUUUCAA